AUGGCAGAGAUCUCCCCUCCCAAGGACUCUAAGAAGAGAAAAACCAUUGUCCUCAGGGAAGAGCCCAAGAUAGAACCUGAAGAGCAAGUGUCUUUCUCCCUAAGGGUACUAGAAGAGAAGCUGCCUAAAGGGUACAAACCCCCUGCUAUCGGGGAAUAUGAUGGUAGUAAGGACCCUGAGGAUCAUCUUCGCAAAUUCAGGAAUGCGGCAUUGCUACAUCAAUAUAGUGAUGUCGUCAAGUGUCAGGUAUUUCUGAAUACUUUGUCGGGCUCGACACAGAAAUGGUUUGAUGGACUGCCUCACGAGUCCAUCACUUGUUCUCAAGAUUUCAAAAUCGCUUUCCUGUGUCACUUCGCCAGUAGCAAGAAAUAUAAAAAAAUGAACCACUGCCUCUUUGCCCUCAAGCAGGGAUCUGCUGAGCCUUUAAGGAGUUAUAUUAAGCGCUUUAAUCAAGUGACUCAAGACGUCCCAUAUGCCACCUCGGAGAUAUUGAUGAGCGUCUUCUCGCAUGGAUUGGUGGAAGGGGAGUUCUUUAGAGAUCUCAUCCGCAAUCCUGUUAGAAACUUUGAUGAAAUGUUGGAAAGAGCGGCCAGUUAUAUUCACGUGGAGGAGGCGCAGACCGCAUGUAGAAAAGUAGACAAAGCUCCAGAGCCUAUCAUGAAGCUAGAGAAGAGGAUACCUCAACCGCUAGCCCAACCUCUUCCUCGUGCGCAGGAAGCCCGACCUCCCUUCCCACCUGGUCAGGAUUCCCGGUUGGCUUCGCGGGUAGCCACAAUCCAUGCCCCCAGACCUGGUCCACGGGGCCCACGUUAUUGUACCUACCACAUACGCAUGCCACCAAUAAUUGUUUCCAAUUCACUCGGGACUCUCGACGUGCUGCUGAGUUAG